GCAAUAAAUAGCAAUGAAUUCCCUACGAUUCUUAUCGAUUCAUGCCAUCUUCGGUGUUAAAGAUGGCGAAAAUAAUAACGCUAACAGACAACAGAACAUAUGUCGCUAUCUCUAUUUGCCUAUCUCAAACCUGAAUCAACAUGGCCACCUUACCAUCCACCUAUCGUGCCGUUGUCUGCCACGAAUACGGACAACCCCUUGCACUUGAUACCCGUCCAAUCCCGGCAGCCGAACCAGGAACUGCCAUCGUAAAGGUCCUUUCGACUCUUGUCGACCCGUCAGAAAAGCAUCGACUGCUCUUGAGCAAACGCAACCCGUACUUCAGUCAACAGCCACCCUUCAUUCCCGGUAGCGGUGCUGUAGGAAGAGUCGCAGCAUUGGGAAAGGAUGCAACAAGUCUUCAAGUUGGCCAGCUGGUGCUUUUAGAUUGCUUUGUUCGCGGUCGAGAUGAUCCCAAUGCGCAGAUUCUGCGCGGUGUAUUUGAAGGACCAACACCCGCUGCUAAGAAGCUGAGCCAUCAACCGGAAAACUGCUAUCCGUUGGAUGAAAAAGUAUUGUUGAGCAAGGUAGAACAGGGUGGCCUAGAAUACGGAAUCAGUGACCUUCCCUAUUUAUCCAAGCAUAGUGUGGCCUAUGGUGGACUACGAUCCAUUGAUCUUAAAGCCGGACAGACAAUCAUUAUCACGCCUGCCACAGGCAACCACGGUGGUGCAGCCGUUCAGGUCGCGUCGGCUAUGGGUGCUCGUGUUAUUGCUGUUGGUCGCAAUGCCAAAGCAUUGCAAGACCUGAAAGAAAAGAUCCCUCGGGUCUACCCAGUUCAGUUAACGGGCGAUUUCGCAGAAGACACUAAAACAUUGUCUCAAUUUGGCACCAUUGAUGCUUUCAUGGACUUUACGCCCAGCUCAAUGGCAAGCCCACUCCACCUAAAGGCCUGCCUCGCAGUAACAAAGACUUAUGGUCAGGGAGUGCUGAUGGGAUUUCCCCAAGGUGAAAUUUCUCUGUCGUACGGGAUGAUGCUUGCCAAGAACAUCAAUAUCAGAGCACGGUAUAUGUAUGACGCAGAAGACGUGAGGGGUCUUAUCAAACUGGCCGAGCGAGGACUGUUGAAACUCGGGCACAGCAGCGGCGCUCAGGUUGUCAGCUAUACCCUCGACCAGUACGGUGAUGCAAUUUCGCGAGCAGCCGAGCAGCAAACAUGGGGUCUGCAGGUGAUCAUGCAUCCGUUCACCGAGUAGGGAUAUUCAGUGUCCUUGGCUAGAGGCGUGAAUACGAUCGUACAAAAUGAAAACAUACCCUCAAGAGAGGUCUUUUUAGAAUCUAGUUGUUAAUCGAGAGAAGGUAUCCGAAUUAAUUAGACGCUGUGUUAAUUCCACAUUCACCUAAAGAAGAGACAAAUAAAUACAUUUAAUAUUAC